GAUAAGAUAUGAGCAGUCAUAUGGCUCACUACGUCCUUAGUGUCUUACUUGCUAUUUAUUAUAGGAAAUCCAUUGUUUUAAUUGAAAAUAGUUUUCCUAGUGCUUUAAAGUAAUGGUGCAGUGCUUCGGUGUGAGUUUGUGGGAUGUAUUAAAAUUUGAUAUGCAAAAUGAGUGAUAUGGCUGGAGUUAUGCAUGCUGCAAGGUUCAUGGAGAUGGCUGCGAGUGGGGAGGCACCCCGCAGCCGCUCCUCAUCCUGGUCCUCAUGGCGACGGCCUAGCCGGCUGCCUUCGCCGGAACCACGGUUAUCCUUGCAGUAUCAGACUGAUGAAAACAGCUUCUUGCUUCGCUUGCGGAUCAUAGGAGCGUAUUCAUUAGCCAAGAAGGACAUCUUCGGUGCCAGCGACCCGUAUGUUCGCGUGGAGCUACAGAAGGUGGACGGUGACGUCACCAUAGAGACGUUUCUCACAAAGACCAAGAAAAAGACACUAAAUCCAGUAUGGAACCAAGAAUUCGUGUUCCGCGUGAAGCCCGAAGAGCACAAGCUCCUUAUCCAGGUGUUCGACGAGAACCGUCUGACCCGCGACGACUUCCUCGGCAUGGUGGAGGUGCCGCUGGCUGGCGCGCCGGCGGAGACGGCCGCCGCGCCCAGGCCGCCCCCGGUCAAGUACGCGCUCCGACCGCGCAGGUCCGUUGCCCGUUCCAGAGUCCGUGGCCACAUAGAAGUGUACAUGGCGAUCGUUGGACACGGCUCAGAGACAGAGGAGCCUCGACCGGACGACUGGGAAAUGGUCGAGCCAAGCCCACAAGUCGGCAAUGUGCAGCCGGUGGUGGGAGGAGACCCGCUGCCGCCGGGCUGGGAGGAACGUCAGGACGCUAACGGACGCACGUACUACGUAAACCAUGUCGCUCGGUCCACUCAGUGGGAGCGUCCUAGUGUGGGCUUUACGCGUAACAUGAGCACAGAAUCGCAGAACGAGCGCAUGGAAAACGCAGCUACGGAGUUCCAGCGGCGCUUCCAUAUCUCGCACGACGACGCAAGCACGCAGCGAGCGCAGGAUAGCAAUAGGAGCGACGAGAACUCUACAGAUGUGACGCCAUUUUCAUCCCCCGUGCGUUCCCUAGACCGGGAUUCGAACCCCGAAGUGCCUCAAUCUAGCUUAAGUAAUACCUGUGAUAGUAAUUUAAGGGAGGAAGAUGAUGUAGUAUGCGCGAACGAAGUUAGACAAAGAGAUGUAGACAACGAACAUGUUGCUCAAGACUGUGAUACGAUCUCUAGUCAAAACGACCAAUCAGAGAACGCUGAAGCGAACCAAUUAGAAAACGUGGAAGCGAGCCAAUCGGAGAAUGCGGAAGCGAACCAAUCCGAGAAUGCGGAAGCGAACCAAUCAGAGAACGCUGAAGGGAACCAAUUAGAUGUUGAUAAUGGCGAAGCUAGUGGAAGAAGUGUAACACCUGACCAAUCAGAAGCGAAACCUGAUACAGAAAAUGAAGAAACUGCUGAAAAUGUAGAGAACGCCGAAGGCGAAAGAGCGAAUACAGAGAUGGACGAAAGAGACUCAAAUGUAGAAGCUACCGCUACAAGCGUAGAAGAAACCGAAAACGCCGAAGUAGAAACAAGGAGAGUGGAUGAAAGAGACGCAGAUAGCAUAGAAAUAGAGAUAGAAGAGGCACUAACGUUUGAUGAGAAUCACUUCAGUACGCCGACUGGGGGCACCACGCCAGAGAGAGGGGCGUCGCGGCGACGAAUGACCAGCAGUUCUAUGGAUGAUUCUGAGGACGAAACUGAUAACCAGUCGACGGACAGUUCGAGGAGUACCGCCAGCAGUCAACAGAGCCAGAAUAUACCCAAUAGUGAUGGUUUACCACAAGGCUGGAGUAUGCAGCGAGCGCCCAAUGGCAGGAUAUUCUUCAUCGAUCACAACCAGAAGACCACCACAUGGAUAGACCCCAGAACAGGGUGCGCAUCUCAUCUACCAGCGGUAGCGGCGGUGGGAGCGGAGGCGGACGAGUUAGGCGCCCUUCCCGAAGGUUGGGAGGAGCGCGUUCAUACCGAUGGACGGAUCUUCUUCAUCGACCACAAUACGCGAACGACGCAGUGGGAGGACCCCAGAUUGUCCAACCCUCAGAUCGCGGGACCCGCCGUGCCUUACUCCAGGGACUAUAAGCGCAAAUACGAGUACCUGAAAAGUCAAUUACGCAAACCGAGCAACGUCCCCAACAAGUUCGAGAUCAAGGUCCGGAGAAACUCCAUCCUGGAGGACUCGUACCGCAUCAUCAGCUCCGUGAGCAGACUCGACCUGCUGAAGACCAAGCUCUGGGUCGAGUUCGAGUCUGAAGUCGGCCUGGAUUACGGCGGCUUAGCCCGCGAAUGGUUCUUUCUCCUCUCAAAAGAGAUGUUCAACCCCUACUACGGCCUCUUCGAAUACUCCGCCAUGGACAACUACACCCUCCAAAUAAACCCCAACAGUGGGGUGUGCAACGAGGAACACCUCAACUACUUCAAGUUUAUAGGGAGAGUGGCUGGCAUGGCGGUGUAUCACGGGAAACUGCUAGACGCGUUCUUCAUCCGUCCGUUCUACAAGAUGAUGGUGGGCAAGACCAUCGAGCUGCAAGACAUGGAGUCCGUGGACCUCGAGUAUUACAACUCGCUCAUGUGGAUCAAGGAAAACGACCCAUCAGAAUUGUACCUAACGUUCUCCGUGGACGAGGAACAGUUUGGAAAGACUAUCCAACGCGAACUGAAGCCAGGGGGCGCCAACAUCUCCAUCGACAACGAUAAUAAGGAUGAGUACAUCAAAUUGGUGAUCGAAUGGCGCUUCGUGAGUCGCGUCCAAGAGCAAAUGUACGCGUUUCUCGACGGCCUCGGGGGUCUCGUGCCCCUCCCGCUGCUCAAGAUCUUCGACGAGCACGAGCUGGAGCUGCUGCUGUGCGGCAUCCAGCACAUCGACGUGCGCGACUGGCGCGCCAACACCCUGUAUAAGGGCGACUACCACGCCAACCAUCUCGUCGUCCAGUGGUUCUGGAGGGUGGUUCUAUCUUUCUCCAACGAAAUGCGUUCCCGACUACUACAAUUCGUGACGGGUACCUCCCGAGUACCCAUGAACGGCUUCAAAGAACUAUACGGGUCCAACGGACCCCAGCUCUUCACUAUAGAGAAGUGGGGAGCGCCUGAUAACUAUCCCCGAGCUCAUACAUGUUUCAAUCGCAUCGACCUGCCCCCGUACGAGAGCUACCAGCAACUGCGCGAGAAGCUCGUCAAGGCCAUCGAAGGUUCCCAAGGCUUUGCCGGCGUCGAUUAAACCCCCAACAUAAAGGCACUUCUGAAUGGCAGACCAAGACUGUCAUAUGUCGGCAAUGAAAGGCACUAUUCGGUAUUUAAGUUCAAACAAAAUAUCAAUUAAGUGAGGGCUCGCAGGAUUUUGCUGGUGUUGACUAAACCCCACAACAUAACGGCACUUUUGAAAAGCUGAACACGACUGUGACAUGUAAGGACACUAUUCGGUAUUUAAGUUCAAACAAAGUAUCAAUUAACUGAGUAUGACUGCCAUAUUUUCUGGAGGAUAUCUAUUAAUUUCAUUUCAUUUCAUUUAUUCCUUAAAACAAAGCCAUGCAAUGCAUAGGCAUGGAAGGCCUAUCCCGGUAUAGGUUCAAAUAAAACUCAAAGCUGGCAGGGCUUUGCCGAUGUCGAUUAAAUCCAACAUAACGGCACUUUUGAAAUUCAGAACACGACUGUCACGUCACCUCUAAAGGGAGUAUUGGGUAUUUAAGUUCAAACAAAGUAUCAAUUAACUGAGUGCGACUGCCAUAUUUUCUGGAGGAUAUCUAUUAAUGGAAGGCCUAUCCCGGUAUAGGUUUAAAUAAAACUCAAAGCUGGCAGGGCUUUGCCGAUGUCGAUUAAAUCCAACAUAACGGCACUUUUGAAAUUCAGAACACGACUGUCACGUCACCUCUAAAGGGACUAUUGGGUAUUUAAGUUCAAACAAAGUAUCAAUUAACUGAGUGUGACUGCCAUAUUUUCUGGAGGAUAUCUACUAAUGGAAGGACUGUCCCGGUAUAGGUUAAAAUAAAAUUGAAAACAUUAAUAACUCAGGGCUGGCAGGGCUUUUCCGGUGUCGAUUAAACCCCACAAUAUAACAGCACUCCUGAAAGGCAGAACCCUACUGACAUGAAGGCACUGGUCUCUAUUUUCCA